AUGCUCGACACGGUGGCCCAGAGGGCUUGCAGCUUUCGCAUGCUGGGCGGUGCUGGGCGGCUGCUCGACGGGGUCGCUCGAGCCCGGCGUGCCCUCACAGUCUCGGGGCGCCGCGUGCCGCGCCGCGCCCUGCGCAGGCCCCGGGCGGGCGGCCCCCAAGGCGCUCGCGGCCCCUCUCAGUGGCUGCCGGUGCUGCGCCGCGAGGGGCGCCGGGCGCUCGCCGGCUGCCAUGCUGCAGCGGCUGCAGAGCAGUUGGCGCGCUCGCCUCGCGCUGUCGUGCUCGGGAGCUGGUCUCUCGGCUCGGCGCCCUUGCCGGGGCAGACGGGUGAGCCGACUCCCUAA